ACCGGUUAAACUGUCAAUCACUUUUGUCGCCAACCAAUCAUGUAGCUUCAAGUCUGAACGUGAGGAGUAGCAGCGGAGAUGUUUGUACUUGUAUCAGCUGAACGGCGCGUCUCUCUGUGUCUCCUGGUGAUAUUUACCUGAAAAGUGGAAUUUGAAAAACAGAUCGAAUGAAAAGCUUCUGUUCACAGUUGGGAUGUGAAGAUGGAUCACACUUCUUGACAGAGAAAGGAAAUAUGCUGCAGGAAAACUAAGCAUGGCUGCCCAUCGAAUUCGAACAACUAAUAACAACAAUGCAAUACCUCGCUGCAAGUCUGAGGGAACACUUAUUGAACUAAGUUCUGGAGUGUCAGAAGCCACCCUCUCUGAUGUUAAAGUGCCUAGCCCAAGCACUUUACGACUGGAAGCUACUGCUUCAAUUGAAGCUGCAAGAGAAGUCAUUGCCAUUAAAGAUUAUUGUCCAUCAAACUUCACCACCCUAAAGUUUUGUAAGGGAGACCAUCUUUAUGUUCUUGACACAUCUGGUGGGGAGUGGUGGUAUGCCCAUAAUAACACAGAGAUGGGAUACAUCCCAGCAGCCUAUGUCCAGCCUGUCACGCAUCGAGAAUCUUUAUCCUGUGACAGUGGCAUGAUUGACAGCCUAGGAGACAUUUCUAAUGAUGGGUCCAAAGUGCUAGAUCAACGUGGAGAGUGGUCAGAGCACAGAACACCUACAGUUCCUCAAAACGGAAACCCUUUUGUAAUGAAGCGGAUGUCUCUCAACCCAUUCCUUGAUGGCUCCUUGCUAACUGAUCAAAACAGUAUCCAGAGUUCAACAGACCGCCUUGGUUUCAAUAUGUCCUCCUCUCCAGACUCAAAAAACAGCAGCAGUAUUAACUUCAAUAAGUUUGGAAGUAAUGUUUUGGAUACAUAUUGCUUAAGCCCUGGCACAGAGAAAGGUCCAGUUCUUAGAAGGAACAAUCCAUUUUAUAGGAGCAAGCGUUGUUACAGUUUGUCCGAAUUGUCCAUCUUGCAAUCACAGGCAGAUGCACCUCCAGAAUUCUCUGGUUUUUUUAAUAGCUUGAAAGCCCCUACACCUGAGCAGUUUCAGAGUAGAGAAGACUUCAAAAAUGCCUGGUUGAACCACCGCAAGUUUACAAGGUCCUGCCAUGACCUAGAUUCCAUUGGCCAAAAUCCUGGAUGGGGUCAAACACAACCAAUAGAGACCAAUAUUGUGUGCAAACUGGACAGCUCAGGUGGUGCUGUUCAGUUACCCGACACUAGUAUCAGCAUCCUUGUACCUGAGGGCCAUGUUGCACCAGAUGACACUCAGCAGAUAUCUUUAAAGGCCUUGCUGGACCCACCAUUGGAGCUUAACAAUGACAAAUGUACUACUGUGAGCCCAGUGGUGGAGAUUAAGCUUAGUAAUAUGGAAACUAAAACCACUGUAACAUUAGAGAUGAAAGUAUCUGUUGUAGUCAAGAUGGAGAGUCGACAAACGGCAGAAGUGAUCUGUGUCCGCAGUGACUGCAAGGAUGGACCCUAUGUUCCAGUUCCUCAUGUUUAUAUGUAUGGAGAUACAGUCCAGGUAACCUUGGACAAUUUAGAGCCAUGCAUGUAUGUAUCCGUUGUAGCUCAGGCCCAAGUUGUAACUCCAUAUAGCACAGUCUGGGAGCAUGUUGUAAAGAAAGUUGCACUUGGCGUAUAUGGUCCCAAGCAUAUCCAUCCAUCCUUUAAGACAGUUGUUGCCAUGUUUGGCCAUGAUUGUGCCCCAAAAACAUUAUUAGUAAGUGAGGCUAAAAUGCAGUCACGCUGUAUUCCACCAGUAUCCCUCCAACUCUGGGGAAAACACCAGUUUGUACUUGCAAAGCCUCAAGAUCUUAAGGUUGGUGUGUAUUCCAACAUCUCAAAUUUUGAUGUGAAAAUUAGUGAGCAGACAAGAGUGGUGAGGAGUUUUCAGCUGAAACUUGGCAAAGUAUCACACCUCAUCUACAUGAUAUCUGCUCGAGAUCCGGACAGCAUCUCAGACUUUACUUUGCGCAUUCAGGUUAAAGAUGACCAGGACUGCAUCCUUGCCCAGUUCUGUGUUCAGACACCACCUCCUCCACCGAAGGUUGAAGCAAGCUCGGUGCAGAGGCGCUUUCUAAAGAAAAAGGAAAUGCACAAAUCUAUACUGUCACCUCUCAUCGGAGUCACAAAAUACCCUGUGUUUCAGGACAGACCAGUCAAAAAUAUCAAGUUUGGAAAGCUGCUGAAAACUGUCCUUAGACAGACAAAGAGACAGUAUUUGUUGGAGUAUGUGAAAGGGGAUGUUGUGGCACUUCUAAGUGAAGAAAAACUCAAACUAAAAGGGCAUCUUUGGACCAAGGAGUGGUACAUUGGAUACUAUCAAGGCAGGAUUGGAUUGGUACAUGCCAAGAACAUUCUUAUAAUGGGAAAAGUCAAACCAGUUAAUUUCAAGGGGGCUGAGCUUACCUCUAGUGUUCUUCUAGACCAAAUUCUAAUCCCUUGCAAAUGUCUCACUUACAUGUAUGCCUCAUUGAGGACUAUACUGAUGGAAAAUGUAAAUAGUUGGAGAGCAUUUGCUGAUGCCUUGGGCUAUGUCAACCUUCCUUUGGCACACUUUUGUCGUGUAGAGCCAAACGGUGAGGCAGAAAAAGUGGCCUGUGUUCUUGAGAAGCUUAAAGAAGACUGCAACACAUCUGAAGUAAAGCAAAGGAAGUCUUUCCAAAAGGAGCUCCUUAUGGCCCUGUUGAAACUGGAUUGUCAGGGGCUGGUGGCUCAGUUGCUGAAGGAUUUUGUGCUUCUCACUGCAGCAGUGGAAGUGGCUGACCGCUGGAGAGAGCUUGCGGAAAAACUGGCCAAAGUGUCACGCAAACAGAUGGAUUCUUACGAGGCUCCUUACCGAGGCACGGAUGGCGUGAUAGACAACGAGGCCAUGUGGAAGCCGGCAUAUGAUUUCCUGGUAACGUGGGCAGCCCAGAUUGGUGAUAGUUACAGGGACAUACUCCAGGAGCUUCACACUGGCCUUGAUAAAAUGAAGAACCCCAUCACCAAGCACUGGAGGCACUUAACAGGAACACUCAUCCUCAUCAACUGCCUGGACCUGUUACGGAGCACUGCCUUCAUCACCACCCCCCAGGACGACUGCGCCGUAUAGACAUCACGGAUGCAUCCGAAAUGACACCCUUUUCACAAUAUAGUGCAAUACGUAUAUGAUAUACAUCAUGUUCAAAAGCAUAGUGGCAGACUCCAUGACAUAGCAUGUAAAGUUUACCCAUAAUCCUCAAUGCUGUUAGUAGAUGAAAUAAGUAAUGCUUUUAAGCAUGCCUUCAUUGAUUUCCCUUCGCCGUUUCUUCUAGCUUAGCUCCCAUCGGCAUCUUAAUAGCUGUUUCACGACUCCUGAGACGACAGAGGUAUCCAGACCACAUGACUGUAGAUACUCUUUUCAAAAUAUAAUAAAACAGUGGCAUCUAUAAAGGCAUCUAUAAAUUAGCUAGCUAAUUAGCAAGCUGAUAGAGUCAAAAGAAAUAGACUGCACUAUUUUGUAGAGUCAAGAACUAAAUCAAAUUCCAGUUGUCCAGAGACCCUUAACACUAUGAUGCAAGUGGCCACUCCUCUGAUACACACUUCCUAGUCAACAGGGAAAGUCUGCAAGGUAGUGGUGCAAACAGUAUUGGAAAGCAAGAACUGUGGUUUUCCACUGGGGCUGAAUCACAUUGAAAAUUCACACAGACUAUUUCUUUGUCUAUUGAUGAAAUAGGGGUCAUUCCAUCUCAAGUGGUCCAGUGCAGGUUGUUCUGUGUAGGUUCAUGUAGUUUCCAUGAAGGUCCUUAUUUUUUUAGCUGGGGUUAUUUCGUUUUGUGGCAUGCUCUCAUAAACUGAGUGUAAUUUAACUAACUGAAAACGUGCAGAAUCCAUCAGUGGCAUUGUCAAACAUGUUGCUUCGCUCCAGGAAGUUCAUUAUGUGCUUUUCAAAGGCAGCGAGAGGUUACAGUAAGUGAGGAUGAUAUGUCCACCAGGAUUUUACACCGCCAUUAGUUUUAAUAAUAUUCAAUUAUUAUAUAAUUGAAACUUUUACUCAAAAAUGCCAGUGUGUAUUAGAGCUGCGUAUUUACACCUGAGAAUGUUCCGACACGGUCUCACAGCACAAGUUGCCUAAGGGACCGUCUGGCAAUUCCACCCACUGAGUUAAAACGUCGACGUUGUCCACAUAUUAAUUAAAAUGCCAUAAGUUUUAAUAUACAAAAGUCAUUUAAAAACAUGUUUUUACAUUCCAAAAGCUGUAGCAGGCUCACAAUUAGAUGCCUGACUUAUUUACAGGCGAGAUCUUGCCAAUAACUCUUUUUAUACAAAUACAGUACAAAAUUAUUUAAAAACAAAUAAAUAAAUCACUAUAUUUCAUCUAAAUGUUUUUUUGUUUUGUUUUGUUUUGUUUUGUUUUUUCACAUUCCAAAAGUUGUAGUGUCCAGACUGAUGUACUAUAAGUGAGAUUUUGCCAAUACCUCCCUUUGCUAAUGGUGGUGUUGAUAUCCGUGUGACUGUCGCCUCUAUAGAAUAAGGAAAGUGGCAAGUGAAUAUCCAGCGAAUAAUGAAUCUAAAACGAAAUAACUCCAACUCAGAAAAUAAGACAGAGAGAAACUAUAAAUGAGGCAUAUGUGAAAUAUUUAAAAUUUUUGAGCAAAUUUUUUUUUAAUUAAUUUUAAUUGGAGUUAAUUAGUAAUUUAAUUUUCAAUAUUUAAAAAAAAUAAUGAAUGUGUCAUAAUUUUAUUUUAUUUUUCAAUUUUGAAACCAAGAACGAAUGAAUGCAACAUACACGGACCCAGGUUGCUUGACUGUUUUUAAUCUUACUAUUUAAUUUUUUGAGUGAUUACCUCUAUGUAUUGGCAUUGCAAAAUCACCAGUUUUUUUUUGUUUGUUUGUUUUUGUUGUUGUUGUUGUUGUUUAUUUUACUUGGCUUAACAUGGUACACAACAAAUUUUGGUUAUACAGCUGUUUACCGAAACCUCAAUAUCUUGGGUCAGGAUGGUCCUAGCUCUUUGGAACAAAAACUGAUCUCUAGAGCACAUUACAAUGCGCAUGUAUAUAUAAACAUUUUGCAGAUUCUUGUUCCUUAGACUUAGUACUUAAGUCCAAUUGUAUUGCUCAAGAUUGCUCACAGUUCCACUUAUAGAGUCAAUUUAUAAUGGUAAGGAUUCAAGUCUCAGUCUUAAUUGUUUUAGGGGGUACCUAGUAUAGUGUGCAUGCAGGACAUUUCAAGUAUGAGACUUCUCUCAUUUAUUUUUUAUAGGUGCUAAAAAGUGCCUUUUUUUUAUUCCCCUCACUUUCAGGUUGAAUAUCUCUGGUGGGGGACCAGAUACGAACCUCUAUAGUAGCAUGUAAAAAUUGUGAGUUUGACAUUAGAGGUCAGUUCUGCAGGACAGUGGAUCUCGAGAGCCUGAUUUAAAGAACCAGCCUGAUCUAUCAUGUUGGUACAGGUUUACAAUUGGUAUGUGUGAAUAGAUAUUUUCUAAAUAUUGAUUUACAGUGUUCAGUUGGGUGUGUUAUAAAUGAACAGUGUCAAACAGAGCCAUGGUGUUGAUUCUCCUGUGAUAAAAACAGUAAGUGACUUCUGAGCUGUAGCCACUUGCUGCUUUUAUCACAGGAGAAAUAACACCAUAGCUCUGUUCUGUUUGUUCUUUAAAAGCUGAAAUGUUCUGCAUGCACACAAUACUUCCCUAGGUACACCCUAAAAAAAUUAAGACUGAGACUCGAACCUUCCCAUUAUAAAUUGACCCUAAAAUUUGAACUGUGAGCAACCUUGAACAUUAAAUUUGAACUUAAGUUCUAAGUCUAAGGAACAUAAAUGUGCAAAAUGGUUAUAUAUGUACAUGCAUCUUGCAAUGUGCCCUAGAGAUCAGAUUUUGUUCCAAGGAGCUAGGCCCAUCCUGAGCCGAGAUAUCUAAGUUUCCGUAAAAGCUGUAUAACCAAAAUUUGUUGCAUGCCAUGACACAAAGAUGGCCGUCGGAGUUAAGUAAAAUGUUUAAAAAAUUGUGGUUUUACAAUGCCAAUACAUAGAGGUAAUCAAUGAAAAUAAUAAUAAUUAGAAAAAUUAAAAACAGUCCACUUGAGAUGGAAUGACCCACAGGCUUAGUGAAAAAUGUGCUUACUGAGAUAGUAAGGAAUCCCUGACUGAGCAAACCCUUACAAUUACAGCUGGAUAAUAUGAAGGUCUAAUAUCUAAGUUGUGAUCAAAUGCAGCACUGUGCACUUUUCUGUUAUCAUGAGUAACACCACUACUGAGCAGCUUCACUUUUUACUCACAGUAAGAACUAGUUGAUUAAUUAUAUGAAUAUAUUUUUGUAUUGGGCACAAAGGUGCAGCGGGUUGAAUUACCUUCACAACUGCUCCAGGGUCCCUGGUUCAAUCAUGAGUUUUGCAAGUUCUCUCCAUGUCCAUGUGGGCUUACCUCCGUGAUUUCUGGUUUUCUCCAUCACCAACCCCCCACCCCCCAACCACACACAAAAAAACAACAACAUGGUGGUAUGUGAAUGAGUGUGGGGGUAUGAUGCCCUGCAAAGGACUACCGUCCCAUAAACAGUGUACCCGUGCUUUGCACCCAGUAUUCCUCAGAUAGACUCUGGAUCCAGCACAACCCUGACCAGGAUAAAGCCCUUACUCAAGAUAAAUGAAUUAAUAUGUUUGUACUUAAUGUUUGGUUUCCCUGCCAUUUCCUUAUUUCCUUCAGAGUUUUGCAUUUUAACAUGCUCUCUUUUGCAGGCUUGGCUUGCAAAUUUAAAUAUCAACCUCUGCAUCUUGUAUCAUAUUUUUUUGCCACUCAUUUUGCCAUUCAUACAAGCCAUUGGCAUGUACAGUAUGUUUCAGUGAAAUAAGCAAUCUGACAAUAGGUAAUGUCAAACUACUGACUGAACACUCAUCAUGUAAUAAAGUUCACACUGGGCUUAAUUUAAUUAUAGGCUCCUUAAUGUUCACAUGGCUUUAAUCAAACAUGUGAUUAAAUUGUGUUUUAAUCAUGGGUGUUUACCAUCACGUCUAUCAGUUUCACACAUACCACUUAAUUCAAGCAUGAUGUUAACUCUAAGACUGUUGAUGCCCAUGAACACAAAGCCAAAACACAUUAUGUUAAGUAUUGAUAUUAGUUACAGGUUAUUUUGCUGUAGAUUUAGAAUUGUUUGUAUAGAGCAUGUCAAAUCCUGUUUUGACACUGCACAUAUUUGUUACACAUUCAAAUGACUGAAAGAAACAAAUAUAAUGCUUGAAAUAUUGUGCCAAAUACUGUAUUUUAUGUAAAUGUAUGUCCGCCCAUUGAAAUUGAAUUGUAUAUGUACAUGGAUUUUUGCAGAUACUAUUUCAUACCAUUUAUCAAGAAUUUUUCCACUAAGGUUCAUACUGACCACUGUCUAGAAAUGACGAUUUAGCAAUAUCUCAAUAUGUCUCUACUGCACCAAAUGAACCAUUUCAUUUUAUUUUCACAUGUAAUAUGCUUAAUACUUUUUGUGCUACUGAUGAGUUGAUAUUUUCCCAAAGCAUUUUUCUUCUUUGACUUACUUGUUUGAUAUACACAUGUAAAUGCAUAUUCAUAUAAGUGUAAAUAUUAUGUCUGAAUCGACUGACUACAAAACUCUUCUUUUUUUUCUUUCUUUUUUUUUUUUUUUUUUUACAAAAAACACUGUACCUGUCCUCACUGCAUGUUAUAUUAUUUUGAUUAAAAGGACACUGUUGUCUUGUAUUGAAUGUCUUGAGUAUGAUUUGAUGAGAAGACUCCAACAUAAACCGCAGCUUUGAAAAUACUGUAUAACAUAUAACAUGAAAUAAAACCAUGCUGGUGUUUAUGUUUGAAAGACAUAAAGCGCACUAAUUAAUCAGAACGAACUCAGCCUGGGAAAUUAAAAUGAGAAAUAGGAUAGUUGACUAAUGACUUCCCAGUGAAGUCUGCGUCAAACUGUGGGAGGAGCCAAAGCUUGUGCAAUAAUAUUUACCACUUGCAGGCACAUGGGAAUAGAUUUUAAGUGGGUGUGACUGCCAACUGAAUAGAAAAGUAUAGGGGCUCUUGUGUGUCUGUGUAAUCUAUCAGCCAUAUCAUCCCGCAUUGUGUUUCAUAGCCACGGUAAACAAUUCAUGACUUCUUUCCUGUUAUAUGGCUCGACACAAUGCAGUGCAGCCAAUUUAAACACAUUAUCACUGGAUUCUAAUGAUGUGGGUCUAUUGUUUAGGUUAUAAUAGGCCUAUUCAGUGCAUAUGUGCGCACACAGACACACACACACACACACACACACACAGGUAGCCUAAUAAAACACUACCAACAAACAAACCCAUUAAUGUUAUGUAAUCACACACAAAUUCAUACACUACAGACAGUUUGGAGAUGCCAAUCAGCCUACAGCGCAUGUCUUUGGACUGGGUGGGGACCGGAGCACCUGGAGGAAACCCCAGGGAGAACAUGCACACUCUGCAAACACAAUAAAAUCACAUUCUCCUUUCUG